GCCCCUCCACACAGCCCAUACUGCCUUGCUUACUCCAUCAGUCCUUCCAACUCUACCCAACUCUAGUUCCAUAUUUCUGAUAUCUUACUGUGUCUUUCAGUUACUUUAGAAAAUGGCGAACCCCAUCAUACGCAUCGUCAACCCAGAUGCUCCUGGACAUCGUCAGCAGGCCGUCAUCAUCGCCACCAAAGAGGCCUGGGACUACAGGGAGAAAAGAAAGGUCUUCCCCAAACCCCCACAGGAGCUGCUCCACCCGACCUCGGCCCUGGCCCACGCUGAGAAGCUUCUUCGAGCAGAAGGCGUCCCCGCUCCAUCUCGUCAGCUGUGCCUGGGAGAGCUGGUGGUUCCAUUCAGCCAGUAUGGAAAUGCUCCGUUCCACUGGCUCGUGGCCAACGAUGUGGGCUACAUGAAGUACAUGCUGGACAAGCACAGACUGGAGACAACAAACCCACAGACAAAGGGAAAGGUGGGGAACCAGUGGGUGAAGGACUUCCUCACUGAGGAUGCAGAGAGCUUCCCACAAGUCUCCAGUCUGCUUGAGGCCCACAUCGACAGGUGUAUCUACGGCCAGAGAGGGUUUGAGCAUCACACCUGUCAGGAGAUGUGGGAGCUCUACAGCCAGUACCUCGCCCAGGAGGACCGGCCAGAGCAGGUCAGUGCUGAGCAGAGGGAGCUCACUCAGAAGGCCCACAGUUCUGUGAGGAGGUGGCUGCACACACCAGUGACCCACAUCACCAGCGUGCAGAUGAAGAGGUUCAGGAGGUUCAUCAAGGAGAAGGACCAAGAGAGGGUUAGCACCAGGUGUGAUGUGUCAUCAUGGCCAAAUGAUGAGGCUGAACUGGUUGCUGCAAGCCAGGCUGUGGAAGGAUGGACGUCCUGGAGCCGCGUCAGACUGAGGACCAAUCGGGGCUGUCCAACGAACGAAAGAAAAAGCACAGGGAUGUGCCGUUGCUCUGGACGACCUCGGCAUUCGCCGUCAAUAGCGACCAGAACACAUGUUGCCACUCUGUUGGGGAGCAUCAGCCUCAAAUAGCCUCGUCAGUGGCAACAGAGCAGCAGAAGCCGCUGCCUACAAGGAAGAGACCCAGCCAAAGACCACAGGUGUGUUGUCCUAAUGAUGGAGCAUCAGCAUCCCUAUCAGUCUGCUAAUAAGGCAACCAGUGCGGUGCUGACUUCAAGGGUCGGCCUACAAAACUCCUCAUCCCUGCAUAACUAUACUGAAGCAUAUUAGAGGGCUCUGCAUGCACUCUUAAUAAUAAUAAGACCGAAUUGAGAUAGCACUUUUCUAGACACUCAAAGAUGCUUUACAUAAUGUGUACACAAACAAGACAACUAAAUAAAGACAAGGAGCAAACUAAACAAACAUAACAUUACUCUCUUUGUACUGGAGAUACAUCCCAGUUACUACUUUUCAAAUUAGCAUGAGACAUUUUACAGCUGACCCAGAGGCUUUUAGAAAUUAUUUUUAAUUUUAGAAGUAGGAGAGUGU